AUGGCGGAGAAGGACAGGGAGAGAAAGAGCGCAGCAGAGGAAGAGCGAAGGAGAGAAAGAGCGCAGGAGAGAAAGAGCGCAAGAAAGAGCGAGGAGAGAAGAGCGAGGAGAGAAGAGCGGAGGAGGGAAAGAGCGAAGGAGGGAAAGAGCGCAGCAGAGAAAGAGCGCAGGAGAGAAAGAGAGCGGAGGAGAGAAAGAGCGCAGGAGAGAAAGAGCGCAGAAGAGAAAGAGCGA